GGCAGGUCUGGACGGGUCCCGCGCUGCAGGCGAAGGAGGGAGGGGUUGCACUGGGGGCAGAAAACCGCCGAUGAGGCGUGUCAGGUACCGCUGUGGGUGUGCAGCAAGGUGCGCCCCACCCAGAGGCCAGCGGCUGCUGCAGGGCCCUGCGCGCCGGCUAUAUAGAGCGAGCGCAGCCCGGAGAGCGCGCGGCGCGCAGCUCUUUGUGUCGUAACAGGGGGAACUUCGCCGCGCCAGAAGUCCUGCGCGGAGCGCCCGGCCUCUCCUCUCCUCGCCGCGUGGCGGGGGGGCUCGUCCCGCCGCCAUGGCCGAGCCCCGGCUGAAGAAGCGCCGGGGCAGCCUGCCCGUGUGCCCCGGCCACCAGCUCGCGGUUAGCAGCCGGGCGAGGCAGAACUUCCCGGCGGCGGUGGAGGAAGGCCUGUGCGGGGUCACCAGCGCCCUGCUGGAGCUCUCCUACCGCCUCCAGGCGCUGGGUGAAGUUUUUGAUCAGUCUGACGUGGCUCUACCAAACUUUUCAAAGUUUUUCCGGCACCAGGCUAAAGAAGAGAAGGAAGUUGCAGAGGCCAUGCUGAAAUACCUACAAGAGAGAGGAGGCCAUUACUGUACCAGAAUCAUCCAGAGACCAAACUGUGAACAUGUAUCCAAUGUGGUGAAGGCCCUUGAAGUAGCAUUGGUUCAAUGGAAAACAGUGACAGGAUAUUUUGAAGAGCUUUAUGCCCUGAGCAUUGAAAAUGCAGACCCUCAUAGUGCAAGUACUAUUAAGAAACAAUUUAUUGAACCCAAGAUCCGGAAGAUCAAGUUGAUGGGAGAUCUCCUGACCAAUGCUCACAGGCUUGUGUGUUCCCAAGAUGGCAGAGGCAACCUUGGAGACUACCUUAUGGAACGGUUACAGGAAGAGCUAAAAACAGGCAUAGAGACAGAUUCUAGGCACCACUGCACCCCUUGUACAUCUCUUCAGCAAUGUAGAGGGACUGCAAAGGGGUUGCAACGGUCUCCAAAAGAAUUCUCCCAGAAGAGCAGCACCAUAGGGCCAAUGCAUGCAAACCAGUGCUGUCCUUCCUCACAGUCUCUGUGCAAGGAUAUGCCAGGGGCAAAACGGAGGCAAGAGAAGGAAUAGUUGAGGCACUAUCUCCAUUCUGGGCCAUGGACAAACCUAUAGGCAGCCACAGGGGCGGCUGAUGUAAGUUGUCAGCCCCAGGGAUGCUUUGGCUCUAAAUGGAGGCUAAAAUCCAGGAGAUGAAAUAAUGGUUUAAAGCCCCAUGACUCCGCCCCCCCCUCUGCCCCUUUACACUUUUCCUCCUGGGCUGUGCUUUCUGGGCUGUGCCUCCUCCAAAGUGCAGCACCAUCUAAUCUGUAAUAUACCGCCUCCUUGUAUCAUAGAUAUUAAGGCUGCUAGAUGUAGGGAAUGUCAACAUUAAUUUAACCUUUCAGAGUCUCUUACCCAUAAAUAACAUUUCUUUUUUUUGGAAACUACCAGACCUCUAGGUUUCUUUCCUGUCUUAAAUGGUUGAUUGGAUUAUUUAGUGCAGAAGAGUUUAAGUAUAUAAGGUCUUUUAAAGAAAAAACCUUUUUAAUACAGAGUAAUUUCUAUACUGGAGAAACUAUAGCUGUUUAUAUUAUUAAACAAAUAAGAUAAUCACUAUAUUAUACAGUGGUGCUGGAACUAUUUUUAUAGUGGGGGUGCUGAAUAUGGAAACCAUGUAUUUGGGUUGUUGUUACUACAAGUCAAGAGCUGCAGAAGUACCCCUAGUUCCAGAUUAUAUCAAUACAGAUUGUACUAUGUAAUCAUUCUUAAACAUUUUUACUGUCUUGGUAAAUAUUACAUGGAUAUUUUUUUAAGAGACUUGUUCUUAAAAUGAGGGGGAUUUCCAUGAUAUUCUUAACUUUUGUAGCAAUUAUAAUAGAGUAAUUCAAUAAAUUGCUUUCUAUCCAAGUUA